AUGGUGUGCCUUAUCGCUACAUGUUAUUAAUAUCGCGAGUUGACUGUGUCACUUGACCUGAAACAAUUACAUGUAUAUAUAUAUAUAAGUCUCCUGAGCGGUCCACACUGUUUUGAUUCUCUUCAAUUACAGACAUAACAAUGAAGAUCGCAUUGUUUCUGCUUGCUGUUCUACCAUUUACACUGGGGGCCAGUAUCGAUGAAAAAAGAUUCAUUGAAUCGCUGCUUGGUGGAUUUAAUGGAUUUAACAUCCUAAAUUUAGCCGAACAGUUGCUCAGUCAGUUUGGAUGUGAUGGAACAGAGUCGCAGUGUGAAAACGCACUUUGCCCGACAAUUUUAAACCCUAUUGACUUCAACAACCAACUAAUUACCAGUCUCGUCUGCACUGGUGUUUGUAAAGAAGCUCAGGUACUUGCCAAGAAUGUUGCGAGUGGAACGGCCACUGGAGUAAACCCUUGUACUGGUGAUAGCCUUACAGAUGCAAUGGGUAGAUAAGAAGGAUAUGUUCUAUUGUUCUUAAUCAAGUUAAAAGUAGAAAUAAAAACCUC